CAGGGGAAAUAAAUGAGAAUAGUUUUUGAGGGAGACCUAAAAUUGUAUCAUCCUAGUCCCGAAUCUCUCCCUUUUAACUGUUCUUUAUUUGUACAUUCUGUGCCCAAAAGAAAACAACCUUUCAUUAAUUGGGCAAUUGUCCAGGCUCUUAGCCUGGCAUCCAGCCCACAGAGCUGUGAAAUCAACCGCACCAGAUCUACACUUUGAAAUGAGGCAACAUCCAACUGGAAACCCGCUCAAAGUAAGGAAGUGGGUGAAAAGACUCAGGGUCUCUUUUCUCUUCCCAGUCUUCUCUCAGCCACAUCUCUCUCAUCCGAUCUUGGUGAAGAAGCUUGCUUGGCCAGGAGAAAGGUCAGGGACGAGAAGAUAGUGACGAGAAAGUUCCAUGAAACUCUCAGAAGUCCCAGCCUGAACAUCAAACCUGAAUAACCAGGAGAGACGUAACUUCAGCAUACUUUCAGUGGUUUUCCUCCUGCCCACGCUGCAGGUUUUUCAGGUCCUUGCUGGAGUGUGCGCUCACAGGCAUAAAUAAACGUGCUAUCAGCAGCCUGCGUCAGCCAGCCCAGCUAUUUAAGCAGGCUGGCAUCAGCAAACACUGCUUCCAAACCCAGGGCUUGCCUUUGCCUCUUCCACACAAAGUUUUGCUCUGUCACCCAGGCUGGAGUGCAGUGGCACCAUCUCGGCUGCAACCUCCACUUCUCGGGUUCAAGCAAUUCUCAUCCCUCCGCAUCCAGAGCAGCUGGGAUUACAGCAGCGCGCAAGGACCAUGUCGGCGGAGACCGCGACCGGCCCCACGGAGGACCAGGUGGAGAUCCUGGAGUACAACUUCAACAAGGUCGACAAACACCCGGAUUCCACCACGCUGUGCCUCAUCGCGGCCGAGGCCGGCCUUUCCGAGGAGGAGACCCAGAAAUGGUUUAAGCAGCGCCUGGCGAAGUGGCGGCGCUCAGAAGGCCUGCCCUCAGAGUGCAGAUCCGUCACAGACUAAGGAGAUGGCAGGCACUGACAGCUUCACUCCAUGAAGGCCAUCUGCUGUUUCUCUCCUCUGCUUAACCAAGCUGUUGUGGUUUUUCAGCAUAGUGUUGUAUGUUCCGUUGCUAGCUGUCCUGCUAUUUAACACAGUGUUGUAUUUUUUUCUAAAUGUACAUAGUUAGAAAAGAAAAUAACAAUAGGAAGCUACACAUAUCUUCUGUGUAAAGCAGUGGCUUCACUGGAAAAAUGGUGUGAUUUGCAUUUCCCUUUGAGUCAUGAUGACAGAUGGUGUGAAAACCAUCUAAGUUUGCUUUUGACCAUCACCUCCCGGUAACAAUUUGCUUUCAUAAUCCAUUUAGCAAUCCAGGCCUCUGUUGAAAAGAUAAUAUGAGGGAGAAGGGAACACAUUUCCUUCUGCACUUACUUCCCUAAGUCACUUUCCUUAUGUUUCAUCUAAUACAAUGAUGGUUGAGUUAAAAUACAGAAGGGGUGUUUGAGUAUUCAGAUUUCAUAAAACACUUCCUUGGAAUAUAGCUGCAUUAACUUGGAAAGAAGCCUGUUAGGCUAGAAGACAGAAACUCCAACUGGCAAAAAAGCAAGGAUCUAAGAAAAAAAACCACCAAAGGUCUUGAAUUUACUGUGUUUAAAUGCAUUGGUUAAGUUUAUUUUGCUAAAUAAAGUGAACUACUUUUUGUCUCUAAAAUGAUAUUCUAAAUAAAACCUUAACUUUUUGUUGAAGA